UCACUAGCCAAACACACCGUACAAAUGUCCACUCUAUCACUCCCUUCUCUUCGUCCUCCUUCAUCCCCACACUAAACCCUAGACCCACCUCCAUUCUGUCAAUCAAUGGAUCCCCGCCGUGCCCCUCGCACCGUCAUCGACCCCAAAGUCCGUCAAGUCGGAUUUUUCGCUCCACCUGACCGCGCCCAAUCAGGCCCCUUACCUCAAUCCUCCGAUUCCCCUUCAUCCCCACCGUUAUCGGACAUUUCUCCCUCCGGUAACUCAAUCUCCCCGGUUAUGAUCCCACCUCCCCGUCAUCUCUCUGACCUCUCCUCCCGUACCAUUCCAGCGGGGUUCCCUCCGAAUCGUUUAGUAUCGCCGCUUCACCGAUUCUCCGGUGAGUCCAUUAUCCCUGUUGGCAGUUACAACCCCUCGGAGUUUGCGUCUCCAUCGGUCGCAGAUUUUUUCGAGGAUAAAAAUGCACGGUCGCCGGGGCCACGUCGGAGUCGUGGAGUUGGUGGGUCUGGGAAGUUCGCGUCUUCUUUGCCUGCCGGCGGUUUUGAGUUGCCGCCGGAAGUUAAACCAAAGAGCUUGACCACCGUUUCGGUUGUUAGCAACUUGCAACCUAAUGUGACUGAAAAAGAUGGAGAUCAAUCUAAUGAGUCUCAUGAUGGACAUGGAACAAAUUCAAAGCCACUGAAAGAGAAAAUGUCAAAGGCUGAAAGACGUGCUCUUCAGGAGGCUCAACGAGCCGCAAAAGCUGCUGCAAAAGCCGAAGGAAAUUCAGGGUCAACAAAAUCGGUCAAACCCUCAAAGGCUUCUAUUCAAAAGAAAGACAACGCCUCGAUUGCGACUCAUGAGAAAAGAGGUGGUGAUAGGGCAAUAGAUAAGGAUAGAAAGAAAGAGAUCCCACAUCCUCGAAUGCAGUUUGAUGAUAUGAGUCGUGUGGAAAAAGCUAAUAAACGUGCAGUGGUUAAACAAACCGAGGUUAGGAACCGAGUUGAGCUUUUUAGACAUUUACCUCAAUAUGAACAUGGAACAAAGCUUCCCGAUCUUGAAAAAAAAUUCUUCCGUCUUAAUUCCGUUCAUCCCGCAGUCUACAAGGUCGGAUUACGUUACUUAGCCGGCGACAUAUCCGGCGGAAAUGCGCGUUGCAUUGCAAUGCUCCAAGCCUUCCAAGAAGCCAUAAUGGAAUACUCACCACCACCGGAAAAAGCCCUAAACCGUGACCUAACCACCAAAAUCAACAGCUACAUCUCCUUCCUCAUCAACUGCCGCCCCCUUUCCAUCUCAAUGGGAAACGCAAUCAAAUUUGUCAAAACCCGAAUUGCAAAUCUCCCAUUAACCCUCUCAGAAUCCGAAGCAAAACAAAAUCUCUUAUCCGAAAUCAACCAUUUCAUCAACGAAAAAAUCCUCUUAGCAGACAAAGUCAUCGUACGCCAUGCGGUCACCAAAGUUAGGGACGGAGACGUCCUUUUAACAUACGGAUCGUCUUCCGCGGUUGAGAUGGUGUUUUUGCGGGCCCACGAACUCGGGAAGAAAUUUAGGGUUGUUGUAGCGGAUUCGCGCCCGAAACUUGAAGGGAGGUUAUUGGUUAGGAGACUUAUUGGGAAGGGUAUAAGUUGUACUUAUGUUUAUAUAAAUGGGAUUUCUUAUAUCAUGCAAGAAGUUACUAGGGUUUUUCUUGGGGCUUCUUCGGUUUUGGCUAAUGGAACUGUUUAUUCGAGGGUGGGGACCGCGUGUGUUGCUAUGGUGGCUAAUGCGUGUGGGGUCCCGGUUAUUGUGUGUUGUGAAGCGUAUAAGUUUCAUGAAAGAGUGCAACUUGAUUCGAUUUGUUGUAAUGAACUUGGGGAUCCGGAUGCUAUAGCUAAAGUUCAUGGUCGUGAGGAGAUAAAUGAUUUGAAGGAUAUUGCAAAUGAUGAAAACCUCCAAAUUCUUAAUUUAACGUAUGAUGCAACGCCUUCGGAUUAUGUCUCGAUGAUUAUUACAGAUUAUGGCAUGAUACCUCCAACGAGUGUUCCUGUGAUUGUGCGUGAAUUCCGCAAAGAACAAAUAUGGAUAUAAAUUUAUCAUCCGUGUUUGUAUGUGAUUGAAGAAUGAGAAUUAUUCAGACUUUUUUUUUUCUUUCUUUUUUUUUGGCGGCAAAUGGUUUAGUUUUUUUUUUUAGGUUGGUUUUAAAGACAACCGGACUCGUGAAGAGUGCGAACUUCUGCCUCUCAGAGCUUUGGUGUUGACUGUUGAGUAUGUUGUGACUUUUUGACUCUUGUUGUGGUUUUGACACCUGUUGUGGAUUUAGGCCAGUGAUAGAAAUUACAAGUACUACAUUUUUUUCGCGGAUUAUUGUCUGUUUGGAUUAAACACUUUUUAAAUCGAGAC